CAUCAGCUGUUUCAACUUUUUCGUAUAAAAUGGCAGUUUCUUCAGGAACAAUGUCAGUCUCACUUUGCAACGAUCAGCGAAAUCAACUUCAUCCUUCUUAUUCUUCACUGUUUAAUUGGGAAGUUUUCUGUCGUUUACGGAAGUUACAGCCAUCAUGCCUCACGUGAAAGUCGUCUAUGAAUCCGAAGGCGAGAUCCGCCGUUACUUGCUACCAUCAGGAGCUGGAGCGUUCGAAGAGCUGCGCAGCAAGAUCCGUGCUGUGCUUGGACCUAACGUCAGCUUCCGAAUUUUUUGGAAAGACGCGGAAGGUGAUACGGUAGCGUGUGAUUCCGAUGUGGAACUGCAGGCCGCCACCGAAGCGGCGGCCACCACGGAGACACCUAGCGACGCGGUGAAACUGUACGUGCGCAUCACCGGCACAACCACGCCGACGGCCAGCGCAUCCACCGCCAGUAUCCCCGACACGGAUGCUGAAAUGAAGGAAGGUGACGCCAAGGAGGACGCCGCUGCUCCGGAUAACGCCGGCACGGCCAACGUCCAUCGGGGCAUCUACUGUGACGGCUGUCAAGGCCCGGUGGCGGGGAUUCGCUAUAAGUGCAAAAAAUGCGAAAAUUACGAUCUAUGUGAAACAUGCAAAGGGAAAAGCUUUCACGCUGAACACGAAAUGGACGCCAUUCCGUUUAAAGAAAACACCGGUCCCAAAGUGCAUGUGGGUGUGGAAUGCGAUGGCUGCGAAGGGGAAGUGGCCGGAACGCGCUACAAGUGCACGCAAUGCUUUAACUACGAUUUGUGUGAAACCUGCAAAGGAAAAGGCUUUCAUGCUGAGCACGAAAUGAUCGCUGUCCAGGAACCCGAAUUCCCACCGCACACAUUCGGUUUCGGCUUUCCCUUUAUGCCAUGGAAUCGACCGGCCGCCGGCGGUUGCCACCGCGGUCGCCGCGGGAACGGCGGCUGUGGACGCUUCCCGGGGAUGCAGGGAUUCGGGCGGCCCAUGUGGCAGGGAAUGGGCGGUGACGGGGGAUUCACGUGUCAAGGACAGGCGGGACGCUGUGGCCGCGAAUCCCGACAGGGACCGUUGACGCCGGAAGCCAUGGACGAAGUGGCCCGCCAGCUGCAGGCCAUGGGUAUCCAGGCAGAUGGGGGCAUCCUCCGCGAGCUGAUCGAGCAGUUCCAUGGGGAUAUCGCCAAGAUUAUCGAAGCGAUGAAUUAAUUCCUUUUUUUAUUUUUAUUUUACGAUGACUGUCUUGUACAUUUUUCGCAUACAGAUAUCUCUCUAUCUAAAUUAGGUAACUGUGGAAUUGUGUUAUUACGCUAAAAAAAAGGUGCUGCUGAUUGUCUUGAAUUUGCAAAUUACUCUAUGAUUUUUCGGAAUUUUUCUAGAAAUAAUUAUUAUGAAAUAAGUCGGAAUAAAGACGAUAA